AUGCUUGGCAAUCCGCAUUCACCACCGCCCCCACCCGAGGACCAGCAGCCGCCUCGGAAGAAAAUCCGAAAGGGGACCCGCAGCUGUUGGGAAUGUAAGCACCGCAAGGUUCGCUGUCAUUAUGUCUCCGAUGGCGACCGCAGCUGUCGCGAAUGUCUGGUCAAGGGGACGGUUUGUCGCAGCCAGGAUUUCCCAGAACCUGAAAAUCUGCGCGAAUCAGAUCGCGCGUCACUCAAUGACCGGCUAGGCCGGGUAGAGUCCCUCCUGGAGAGAGUUUUGCGGCGGCUGGACACUCUUGGUGAUACAGGAGAGCCGCCAGUGUUACCGCCAAUAGGGACCGCUGAUAGCAACCCUAGCUCCAGUACAGCUGUUACACCUGCGAAUGAAAACGCCCCAGUUUUAUCUCUUUUCGAUAAUGGGGUGUUGGGCUUUCGACGAUCGGACGCCUCUCCGCCGAACAUCACCCUAUAUGGCACAACGAAUCGGGAUUGGGAGAAGCUCCGUCACGAGCUCUUAGCCCUCCUACCGUCACAGAGCACUCUGAAAAGACUCGAGGAAGCUAACAGCUGCUGGUGGCUGGUCCGAGCCCAAUGCUUCCAAGACCACGAGGAAUCGCUUCUUUCAUGUUCGCCAGCUUCCUUUUCAAACCACCACCCGGUUAUCAUCGCCAAGGCUCUCUUGUGGGUGGUGAUUUGUCUUCAACAACUCCCACGGGGCUUCGCCAUUGAUUCAUUGGAGCUUCCUUGCCCUCCAGCGGAACUCAUCGCAAAAUGUGUCAACAUUGUUGCACAUUCUAUCAGUUCCGAUGAGACAUUAGUAAGUAGCAUUGACGGACUGGAGUGCUUAGUCCUCCAGGGAAUAUUCUACAACAAUGAUGGGAAAUUACGAAGCGCCUGGUUGUCUUAUCGACGUGCCCUUAACGUGGGUCAAAUCAUCGGACUACAUCGUCUUGCCCCAAAGGGGGAACAAGACUCUGAAUCUAUAUCACGGGCAAGGCAUAUCUGGAAUCAUAUAAUAUAUGCAGAUCGAUAUCUUUCGUUAAUGCUGGGAAUGUAUCAUGGCAUUACCGAUGGGGCGUUAGAUUCACAGCGCGCGCCUAGCGAGACCCCAAAUUCCUCUAUGGAUCUCCUUUGUCGCAUCGCUGGAUCUAUCAUCGAACGGAAUCAAAGGUUUACCACCGUCACUCCCCUGAUGGCGAGAAUGACACAGACUAUCGAUUCAGAGCUUAUGUCGGUCGACCCUCGAGAGGUAACCGAAGAAACCGGUAUUCCAUCCUCAGGAAAGUCUAUCCAACGGGCUUGGGGCUAUAAUAAACUCAUGACGAGGCUAUGGUAUUAUCAGCUUCUGGCAUGGCUGCAUUUGCCAUUUCUUCUCGAGUCUGGCACCCACAGACGCUACGACUACAGCAGGCAGAGUUGCCUCGAAGCGUCCCGGCACAUGAUUACGUGUUAUACGUCAAUGCGCCGGCUGACUGCAGAAAGCUUCUGCUGUAAAUCGCUUGAUUUCCAGGCUUUUACUGCUGCUGUCACCCUUAUGAUCAAUAUCAUAGGACCGAGUGGUCGACCCCAGUCCAGCCCAAAUGACUGGCGCGCCGUUGAAAGCGUCAUCGAAACUCUGGAGAAAUUGGCAGAGGGACAACCACCUGACAAGGUGGCAACUCGAGGACUUAGUGUGCUACGCACAUUGAAAGAUGUUGCCAAGGGCGAGAAACCAUCACAAUUUGCCACCUCCGCAGGGCUCUCGACUGAGGAUUGCCAGUCCAACCGCAUAAAAGUUGACAUCCCGUACUUCGGUACUAUUUUCCUUGACUGCGGUAUUCACGGCGAUUCCUCAGAGAAACAGUAUCCUGAUCCCGUUCCAGCACAACCGCCACAGCCAUCAUUUGAUAAGGGCCUUGAUGAAAGUUCCAUUCCUGACCCGAGCACUAGACAGGGUCCGUUCACGGAUGUAGCUCCUUGGCCGGAGAUUCGCUUGGAAAUGGAACCCGCUGAUAUUUGGACAUUUGACCCGGAAUUGGCCGUACUGCCUCCGUUCUUAUCCGACUUUGGAGAUAACUGGGACCUAGGUCUGUAA